UUUCUGAAGCCGCCUGCAGAGGACGCUGUUCUAGAUUGACGCAAAACCAUGAAACGUCAUCACGCUGCGCUUAGGACUUCAUGCGGGAGAACUUGUUGACAUAUUCCAACGGUUUACCUCCAACUGCAAAAAUUGUGGGGUUGGUUUUCACAUGAAAUAAGGAUUUAAGUAAUCCAGGUAUCCCUGACAUCUAGAGCUCUUCUUCGCUAGUGUCCAUGGAGUCUGAGGGGACUGAAUCCCCGCUGUCGGGCCUGGUGCCUGUAGCUGAAGUCUUCAACUCCAUCCGGGAGCGCACUAUCGCAGAGAACAGUAUGGUGGUCCUGCUGCAGGGCCUGCAGGGAGAGGUGACCACGGUGGACCUGAGAAACGAGAGCACAGCGCGGGGCCGCGUGGUCAACGUGGACGCAUUCAUGAACAUACGUCUGGAGGACGUGCUGUACCGGGACAGACGGGGUAAGCUCACCCGGCUGCAGGACCUGUUUAUCACGGGCAGGAACGUCCGCUACGUCCACAUCCCAGACCACAUGGACAUAAUGAAGACCAUACAGAGCCAGCUGGCCAAGAUCCACCGUGUCCGCAACUUUGCCAGUCAUGGAGGAGGCAGAAAGGAGUACUCAAAGAAAAAAUAAAACUUGUUUUCUUUUUCAUCGAAUACAAAACUCAGUUGGGUACUGCUAUUUUAA